CUAAAUUUUCAAUUUUUUAGUUCAAUCAUCUAAGUAUUUUUACCCUUAACAAAUUAUCAUUGAUACAUUCUAGUUGGCUAUAUUCUUCAUCUAUGGUGGCUAAAUUUAACCACAACCAUCGUCACACAAACUUUUCUUCCCCUACAUUAAUGCAAACAUACAAAAAUAACACUAACCAUAAAAUAAUAAUGAAACAAUAGAUGAAAAGAAAGCUCCCAAUAUCUUAGCUUGUAUGAGAGGUGUGACAAUUAGGCAGAAAGAGUGCUUCCUAGAUAAAUUCACUCACACUUCAUAAAAAAAUUUAUUAUAAAUACCUAACACUCAUCUCAUUCAUCCUUAAAUCCACCAAACCAUUCUUUCUUUUAUCAUUCAUACACAUUCUCUUUGAACCAAACAAAACUUAUAGAGUUGAGUUUGUUUACUUGUUUUAUUUUUAUAAAUUUUUAUUUAUUAUUUCAUAUAGAAAAUUAGCAAGGUUACAAGUCAACUAAUUUUAACUUCAUCAUCACAACCUUUAACACCCUUUUCUUUUCACUUGCUUUGAUUUUCUCUCAAAUUAUUUUCCCUUGCUUAAGUCAUGGGAAUCUUGUCCAUAAGUCAUUCCACAAAUUUACUUUCUAAAAUAAUAAAAAUACCUCAAAACAAUGAUUGGUAUAUUCCUACAAGGAGAAAGACAAGAACAAAUGUUGUUGUGUUUUCUCAUCAAGGUGGAGGUGGAAAUGUGAUCAAAUCUUCUAACUUGUCUUCUGUUUUGACUGAAAGAUCAUCAUCAUUGGUUAGUUCAGAUCAUGCUGCAACAACAUUAAUGGAUGCUGGAAAUUUGGUUUUGUCACAAAAUGGUAAAAAUCAGACAGAUAUUGUUGUUAAGGAUAUUGUCCCUUAUGGUGGACCAACAACUACUACUACAUUAAUUGGACUUGAUGAUGGAAUUGGCAUUGUCAAAUUUCUUAGAGGGAAGAAGUUUUUUGUUACUGGAUCAACUGGAUUUCUAGCAAAAGUUCUUAUUGAGAAGAUUCUAAGGACAGAACCUGAUGUGGGAAAAAUGUAUCUAUUGAUCAAGGCCAAGAAUAAGCAAGCUGCAAUGGAGAGAUUGCAGAAUGAAAUCAUAAAUACAGAACUUUUCAGAUGUCUUAGACAAAUCCAUGGAAAAUCAUACCAAGCCUUUAUGUUGAGCAAGCUAGUUCCUAUUGUUGGAGAUAUUUGUGAAACUAAUCUUGGAUUAGAUGAAGAGUUAUAUGAUAUUAUUGCUGAUGAGGUUGAUGUUAUUGUAAAUUCAGCAGCUAAUACAACUUUUGAUGAAAGAUAUGAUACUGCAAUCAACAUAAACACUCGAGGGCCAUGUCGCCUUAUGGCGAUCGCGAAAAAGUGCAAGAAACUUAAGCUCUUUCUUCAUGUUUCAACAGCUUAUGUCAAUGGACAAAGGCAAGGUAGAAUAAUGGAAAGACCAUUUAGCAUUGGUGAUUGCAUAGCAAGAGAGAAACUUAUACCAGGUGUUCCACCAAAAUACCUUCCUACUUUGGACAUUGAAAAUGAAAUAAAUAUGAUUUUGAAGAACAAGGGUAACAUUGAAGACAAUUUACUAGCUCAAAAGAUGAAGGAGAUGGGUCUAGAGAGGGCUAGAAGAUAUGGAUGGCAAGAUACUUAUGUGUUCACAAAGGCAAUGGGAGAAAUGAUGAUUGACAAAUUGAGGGAAGAUAUUCCAGUUGUUGUAAUUAGGCCAAGUGUUAUUGAGAGCACUUUAAAUGAACCAUUUCCUGGGUGGAUGGAAGGAAAUAGGAUGAUGGAUCCAAUAGUUCUUUGCUAUGGUAAAGGACAACUAACAGGUUUCUUGGUUGAUCCUAAUGGAGUCCUUGAUGUGGUACCAGCUGACAUGGUUGUUAAUGCAACCUUAGCAGCAAUGGCAAAACAUGGAACAACACAAAAACGAGAUAUAAAUGUGUACCAAAUUGCUUCAUCUGUGGUUAACCCUUUAGUCUUCCAAGACCUUACAAGGCUUCUCUAUGAACAUUACACUUCAUCACCAUGCAUUGACUCAAAGGGAAACCCAAUUCAAGUUCCAAUUAUGAAGUUGUUUAGCUCAUCAGAAGAAUUCUCUGGUCACCUAUGGAGGGAUGCUAUUCAGAAAACUGGUUUGACAGCAAUGGCAUCCUCAAAUGGGAAGAUGUCUCAAAAAAUUGAAAACAUUUGUAGAAAAUCAGUGGAGCAAGCAAAGUACUUGGCCAAAAUUUAUGAACCAUACACAUUUUAUGGUGGAAGGUUUGACAACAGUAAUACACAAAGAUUGAUAGAAAUGAUGUCUGAAGAAGAAAAGAGGGAGUUUAGAUUUGAUGUAAAAGGCAUAGAUUGGAAAGAUUAUAUCACUAAUGUUCAUAUACCAGGUCUAAGGAGAUAUGUGAUGAAGGGAAGAGGAAUGAGCAAUCAGUGACUCACAUCAUGUGUGUGAUAUGUAAUCAUUAGUUGUUAGUAGUCCUAUGAUGCAACAAAUUGUAAUAGAUUUAUAUAUAUACUUCUUUCCUUGAA